AGGAGUGAGCACGGGGGGGACAACGCUGGCAUUUGUGAAACGGCCCCUUAGUGGAAGCUCACUGCCUCCAAUUGCUUUCAGCUGGCUGUUGCUUGCGGCGCACACGACCGAAAAGAUAGGGAAGCGGACAGUUUUUUUUUUUUUUUUUCUUCCUCCAGACUUUGGGAAGCUCUUCAAAGCGGCCUCCACUGAGAACGGUGGGAAUUCCAGCCUGGUGUCGGACGGAGGAAAGGGAGCGUGAGCCGCACCGGUAACUUUACACCGGUGCGAUGCUGGACUGAAGCGCUGGGGAGACGGCGGGUCGCACUGGUGCCGCUGUGCCCCGUGGCUCGGUGCAGAGGAGGUAAGGCGUGCUGUUGGCCAGGUUGGAGAGAGACCUUGCUGAGACGUCCGCCACCCGCUGAGGGAAAUGUCGGAGCGCAAAGUCAGCCUUCCGGCUAAGCUGAUCGACGGGGGUGUUGCGGGGCUGGUGGGGGUGACCUGCGUGUUUCCCAUCGACCUGGCCAAGACCCGCCUCCAAAACCAGCAGGGGACAAAAGUCUACAGUGGAUUGCUGGACUGUUUGGUGAAGACAAUAAGAGCUGAAGGCUACUUGGGCAUGUAUAGAGGUGCAGCUGUGAACCUCAUCCUCGUCACCCCAGAGAAAGCCAUCAAACUUGCUGCCAAUGAUGUAUUUCGGCAGAAGCUCUCUAAGGGAGGGAGACUGCCCCUGUGGGCAGAGAUUCUCGCAGGCUGCGGUGCAGGGACUUGUCAGGUGGUAGUAACAACGCCCAUGGAGAUGCUGAAGAUUCAGCUGCAGGAUGCAGGGAGGCUCGCUGCGCAGAGAACAGUGUCCGCUCCUGCCCCGCCCUUGACGGAACCUCCCUCGCCUCGCCCCUCCGCCACCGGAAUUACCCUGGAACUGCUGAGGACCCGCGGGCUAAUCGGAUUGUACCGGGGUGCUGGAGCCACGCUGCUGAGAGAUGUCCCCUUCUCCAUGAUCUACUUCCCUCUGUUUGCCAAACUGAACACGUUGGGGCGCAGAGAGCAGGGUUGCCAUGGAGACACCCAGGAGCGGGCCCCCUUCGUGCAGUCCUUCAUGGCCGGCUGCGCAGCCGGAUCGGUGGCUGCAGUGGCCGUCACACCACUAGACGUGAUUAAGACAAGGCUGCAGACACUGAAGAAGGGUGUAGGGGAGGAUUCGUAUCGAGGCCUCGCCGACUGCGCACGUCGCAUCUGGAGCCGAGAGGGUCCGUCAGCGUUCCUGAAGGGGGCAACGUGUCGCGCUCUGGUCAUCGCCCCGCUCUUCGGCAUCGCGCAGGGAGUCUAUUUCCUGGGUGCGGGGGAGCAGGUGCUGGCCGUGUUCCGAUAGGGACGAGCGGGUCCGCCCUGCUGUAAAUUCGGUUUCAUUUCGUAGAGAAGGGUGACGAGAGAGGUGGGCACGUAGUGCGAGCGGAGAGGGAAAGGGGAGGCACCCGAUCUGCUGUCCAAAUGAGACUGUAGGGUGACUGAGGGUUAGAAUCCUAAUGUACGCACAAAGAGCACAGUGCUAGCAUGCUAACGCUACGCUCCUAGAUGUCUAACGGUGGCUAACAGCGCUGUAUAGAGUGAAAUGACUCGCUCGGUGGGACCGUGCCGGAGGCACGACGGUUUUGACUGCCCCCACGGGACCUUUGUUCAUGCGUACAUGCAGGGGUUAUACUCUGAUGCUGGAGAGCCAUGUCAACUGCACGUGUCAAAUCUGAUCUCUUUUUUUUCUGUUUCACCAGGUUGCAGUAAGGUAGACCUGUGACCAAAUUCACAAUAAUUUUUUACAAAAUUUUUCACCAGCGUAGCAGUUGUCUUGAUUUAUGUGUUUCGUUUGGGUAAAAUCACUGUCCCAGGUAACUACUGCGCUUGGUAACGAGAGCGCCGACCCCCUGGGCGGGUCACUUCUUGGGUAGAUACUAAAACCAUCAGUUUUCUUGCAGGACAAAUGGUUAUUUGUUCAAAAUACUACCAAGACAUUAAAGCAGUUUCCCUUUUUUGAAUUAGAGGACUGCUACUCCUACCCCACAGUGUGGGAAAGACUCUCAGCAGUUUGUACAGCGAGAGCGGAUGUUUAUGUGCCGUGCGGCUGUUCAGCCCGGACUCUAAAGCUGCAGUAACAACUCCUCCGGAGAGUGCCUUUCUGAAUGCGAUGGCCGUAUUAAUGCUGGCUUGAUGUUAUUAAUGCUUCUUUUAAUACCCACAUGCACAAUUGUCAAUAAAAUUAUGUUCGAUUAUCUCUGUGUUGCACAGUGCCGGUUUAACUGAAAUGCGUUGCGCUUACAUGAGACUGAUGGGAAAGUGGCUCAGAUAAUGCGUUAUCUUUCAGCUUCAUGUUCCUAACAGCUUACCGAUUGGGAAGCGCCGGUCCAUUUUACAUACCAGCUUAUCACAGAGGCUAGAAUGAGGUAAAGUCUCGAAUGAUUCAGUUAACGAAACUGAGAGAAGUCAUUUUCUUUUAAGUCAAAGGUUCAAAAUCCAACAUGCAGAAUAAGAGCAGAUGAACUGUUUUACACAAAAUUAUCAGUUUCUUCAAGUUUACAGUGCAGAAAAGGCCCACUCACAAAUGUAGAGAUGAUGCUUAAUGUCUGCUUUUGAAUGGCUUUUGUAUCAGAAAUAUAUAUGUCUAUAUAUACACAUAUUCCAUUAGAUAGUACUUGUGAACAACUAACCUGUGAAUUACCUGUGAAAUUUAAUUGUCAAUUGUCUUAUGUCAAAAUAAAAAUA